AUGGAAUACGACACCAAAACACCCACAUAUCGAACGUCAGACCCGACGUCAUUCGCAUUCAAAUCGGCACGAGAACGCUGGCCAGCCAUCAUCACCGGCGCCAUUGACGACGUUCAUCGCACCAUCUCAUCGCUUCCGGAUUCGGAAAAAGACGCUCUCACGGAAGGCAAAUCCAUCAUCUCGGCCCUCGCCUCGCUCAAGUACGAGCUACAGCACAAUCGAGUCAUGAUCCCAAUUCCAGACGACGGAUUUCCAGACGUUGAAGGAUACAAUGCCGAGUUACAAGAGCGCGGUCCACCCCGCUGGCACGAUGUUGAAUGGCUGUUUUCCGAAUGCUACUUAUACCGCCGGAUUGCGUCGCUGUUCAGUUUGGCCACGACAUCGUUUUGGAAAGACUAUGACCCUUUCCAGCGCCAGAAGAUGAGCACGUUCAAGUCCUCGCGGCCGGCUGUGCUCGAACUUGCUGCUCGAUACAGAGAUAUUGUCACACAGAUCCGAUCGUCGAAGGCCCACGCGGUUGUGGACACGACGGACCCAGCUAAGGUCGAAGAAGCCGAGAAAGUCUUAUUCGUCGAAAUGGCUGAGAUUUGUCUCUGGGGAAACGCUACGGAUCUUUCUCUGUUGACGAGUUUGACGUACGAAGACAUCCAGAAGCUUCAAGGAAGCAGUGCCAGGAAAGAAUCUGAGAAGAACGUCUUGGUCAACGACCUAGGAAUCGCGUUUGAGGUACUGAAUUCCGCGCAUAAAGCUGCCAAGGAGAGAAGACGGGUUGACAUUGUCCUGGACAACGCGGGAUUUGAGUUAUUCGUCGACCUCGUACUGGCUGGAUACUUGCUCGCCACGGGUCUCGCGACUGAAGUUGUUCUGCAUCCAAAAAGCAUACCCUGGUUCGUUAGCGAUGUCGUCCCAAGGGACUUUGCGGCCCUGCUUUCGUCAAUGCAAGAUCCGAAAGCAUUCUAUGAGAACGGUUCCAACGAUGGUGAGAGUGAAAAGAACGGCACAUCUACUCCACCUUUAUCUGAGGACGAAGCGGCCACGAUAAAAUUCCUCUUCGACGACUGGAGUAUGUUGCAUGCUGAGGGAAAGCUGAUUUUGCGCCCUAAUCGGUUCUGGACGCACGCGGGCAGUUUCUGGCGUUUGCCGCAUGUGGCGCCGGAACUGAUGGAGGAUGUCAGGGAAAGUGAGCUAGUCGUGUUCAAGGGGGAUUUAAAUUAUAGAAAGCUAACUGGUGAUGCAGCAUGGCCCGCCACCACGCCCUUCACCACGGCAAUCGGCCCCCUAGGUCCGUCAUCAGGAAUCAGAACUCUCGCGCUGCGGACAUGCAAAGCUGACGUCGUCGUGGGACUGCCAGAGGGCAAAGACGAAGAAAUACGCGCGAUGCCCGGAGGAGGCGGAGAUUUAGGCGCGAGAACGUGGGCGUGGAGUGGGAAGUGGGCUGUUGUGCAGUUUUGUGACGGAAAAGCCUGA